CUCUCAUCCCCUGUCUGUUUCGCAAACGGCUUGUUCUAGACUCAAAACUGUUAAAAAUUCUGUUACCCCACCAGCAGGGUUGUUUCUGCUGUAAGUUGUUAUUAGUUGUCACCGAGUCUUUGAGAAGCCAAUCAAAGUGAAAACUUCAUUCCACUCACAAAAAAGUAUGUGAUGUAUUCUUGAGGAAUGCAGACAACAAAGAUUUUAUACCAAACCCUGUAAAUGAACCAGAUGCUUUUCUUACUUCUUUUUCAUCUUUUUAUUUGUUAGUUUAGGUAACUUUUUGUCCCCGUUUUCCACGGUGAAUUCAUCAAGAAUCCUUAGUCAUAGACAUGUAUAAAUUUAUGUGUGUGCAUCAAAGAAUUGAAUAACCAACUCAUUGAAGUUACCUAAAUUCGAGUUUAAUUUAAUUAGUCCAGUGGGGGUUCUCUAUUGUGUGGUGUGUUCCUAAAGAAUGUCCAACCAACAAAGACCAUUUUCAUGGUUCCGUUUGGCUCCUUUUGGUCGCCAAAUGCAACCAACUCCACCACCAACCCCUCGGCCAACUGCAUUUCGAUCUCCUGCUCCACGACCAUAUAGGCCUCCUUCCCCUCAGCCUCGACCACCUGCUGUCACAUCUGCUCCUCCAAUUCGAGCAUCGUUCCCUGGCAUUAUUACUGCACCAAAAUCUCCAACACCAUCUACUGCCCCUGUCUCUCCAGCCAAAUCAAUACUUUCUUCAUCACCUACAUCUCCCGCAUUUCUCCCAAUUGCUUCCUCUUCCUUCAGCUUAAAAAGCCCUGAAACCAAGACCCCAAAACCAACAGCUAAAACUGCAGCACCUCCACCUCCUUCCCCUGCUCCUACUACUUCAAGAAUUGUCAAGCCUUGGAACGAAUCUCCACCAAAAUUACACCCCGAAACAAAGCCUCUGUUUCGUCAACCCGGGAAAGAAACCGCUGGAAAUUCUAAGAUGAAUGAGAAAUCUGCUAUGGAUAGUAGUACUAAAUUUGAAAAAUUACCAAGGAGGUUGGUAACACUAAUUGGCGAAAACAAAGGGGCAAUAAUGCUAUUGAAACCAAAUUCCACCAAGAAAUCUUAUACUACUACUAAUGUGUUUGGAGGUAAGUCCCAAACUGUUGGCAAGAAAGAAGAAGGCAAUACUGUUGAAGGAGAUCAAAAGAAGAAGAAAGAAGAUCAAAGUGACAUGAAUUCAAUGGACAUGGAAGAAUCUACUAUGUUCAUUAACAGUAAUGUACAAGGAGUGAACAACUCGAUUUUAGACGAAUCCAGUUUCACUGACCAUGAUCCUGGUUUCCAUAUCUUCUUCUCGACGGAUUAAAAUCCUCUGCUUUGCUAAUUAUAG